AUGGCUGCAAUAACAGCAGAUGCGAAAGCGGCGUGGGACGCCCAUGUCGAUACCCGCACAGGAGCGGAGCCACCAAAACCAGCCGACCCAUCUGAGAUCAGUACACUCAGAAACAAGAUCGGCAAUUCUUUCAAAGCAGCAGCAGCUUUACUAGGCGCUGCAGCAGCCCCGGUUCCCGACCAGACAGGCGAUGGCUCCAAGAUUGCCCCAGAAGAGAAGGCUAGCUUGUACAAGAAGAUUGAGGGCAGUCUUCGAGAUAUGUCCCACCUUGGUGUCGACAACAUCCAAAGUCUAUUGGAGAUCCAGAAGGAGAAAAUGCUUGGUGGUUAUACUGACGACAAGACAUACCUGAUGGAAGGUCUUAUCCGGACCGCCGCCAAGCUGCCCGACGGAUCCAAAACUAGGGAUGCAGUCACAGGCAACUUCCUAGAGCAGCUAUGGAACGACUUGCAACACCCACCGCAGUCCUACCUCGGAGAGAAGUUCCAGUAUCGAUCCGCAGAUGGCUCCAACAACAGUCUUGUCAACCCCCAAGUGGGCGCAGCAGGGACACCAUAUGCUAGAACAGUCAAACCAUCUCAGAUGCAGACCCCCGCGCGCCCAGAUCCGGGUGUCGUAUUCGACAGCAUCAUGACCAGGAAGCAUGCCGAACUGCAUCCUAACAGGAUCUCGAGCAUGCUGUUCUAUCUGGCAUCUAUCAUCAUCCAUGACUGCUUCCGGACAAGCCACGAGGACUUCGCCGUUUCCAUGACAUCUUCUUACCUCGAUCUAUCGCCGUUGUAUGGAAGCAACCAGGCCGAGCAAGACAUGAUGAGGACCGGACGCGAUGGAAGGAUCAAGCCUGACUGCUUCUCAGAAGCGCGAUUGUUGUUCUUCCCUCCCGGUGUAGGCGCCAUGUUGAUCAUGUUCAACCGUUUCCACAACUACACUGUCGAGAACCUGGCCGCGAUCAAUGAACAAGGGCGCUUCAAGAAGCCUUCAAAUGAAGCGCCCCAACCUACUGGGGAUGCUGAGGCCGACAAGAAGGCAAAGGAUAAGUACGAUGCAGCAUGGAAGAAGUACGACAAUGAUCUGUUUCAGACUGGUCGUCUCAUCACCUGCGGCCUUUACGUCAACAUUAUCCUGAUCGACUACGUCCGCACUAUUCUGGAUCUCAACCGCACAGAUAGUAACUGGCAGCUGAAUCCCCGCGCUGAGGUAGCGAACCUACCCAUGGGUGUUGGCAACCAGGUCUCAGCUGAGUUCAACCUCGUUUACCGAUGGCACUCUACAGUGUCCGAUCGCGACGAGAAAUGGACGCAGGAGAUGUGGGACGGUAUGUUCGGCGAAGGUCGUGAUCCCAAGUCUAUCAGCAAAGGCGAGUUCCUCGGUACCUUGAACAAAGUCUACAGCAAGACCGAUCCGGAUCCAUCGAAACGCAAGUUCGCUAAUCUGGAGCGAAGCGAGUCCGGCACGCUACCCGACCAAGGCCUUGUUGACAUCUUGACAUCAAGCAUUGAAGACUGUGCCAACUCGUUCGGGCCAAACAGAGUUCCCGCUGUUUUCCGUGCUAUUGAGGUUCUCGGUAUCGAGCAAGCACGUAGCUGGAACUUGGGCUCGCUCAACGAGUUCAGAAAAUACUUCAAGCUCGAGCCGCACAAUACUUUCGAAGACAUCACAUCCGACAAGUACGUGCAAGAACAACUCAAGCACCUCUACGACCAUCCCGAUAAGGUUGAAAUCUACCCUGGCAUCGUUGUUGAGGAUGCGAAGCAACCCAUGGCUCCAGGUUCUGGUCUCUGCCCAGGGUACACCGUCUCUCGUGCUGUUCUCUCAGACGCGGUAGCGUUGGUGCGCGGCGACCGAUUCUACACUCACGACUACAAUCCGCGCACAUUGACUAAUUGGGGCUACCAGCUUGCUGAUAGCGAUCUUGGUGUUGACAAUGGAUGUGUCUUCUACAAGCUCUUCCUGCGCGCUUUUCCACAGCACUUCAAGUACAAUAGCGUGUACGCACAUUAUCCUCUAACGGUUCCCUCCGCCAUGAAGGUAGCUCUCACCGAUUUGAAGAAGGACAACCUGUACGACUUCAGCAAACCAGUGGCAACAGCACACCCACACUUCGUCAAGGAGUACAAACUCGCCACCGAUAUCAUGAAAGACCAAGCUACCUUCAAAGUCGUCUGGGGCAGAGCCAUGGAAUACAUCAUGGGUCCUGCAUCCGCCGACUUCAUGCUUGCUGGCGACGGACCCAAGAAUGCCGCAUCAAGACAAAUGGUCAGCAAAGCCCUUUACGUCUCGUCGUGGGACAAGGAAGUGCGCAACUACUAUACGCUCAAGACCAGGGAGCUGUUGAAAGAGAAGAGCGUAAAGAUUGCCGAUUUCAACCAAGUUGACAUCAUCCGCUCCAUCGGCAAUCUUGCCCACGUUCACUUUUGCUCUGAGCUGUUCAUGUUGCCGCUCAAGACGACCGCACAGCCCUACGGUAUCUUCACGGAGGCUGAACUCUAUCUCAUCAUGUCGUCGGUCUUUGCGCUCAUUUUCUUCGAUGCGGAUCCUGCUUCGUCUUUCCCUUUGCACGUCAAAGCAAGGAAGGCAACACAACUGCUUGGAAACAUCGUUGAGAAGAACGUGCAGGCCAUUGCAAACUCUGGAAUCUUGUCCAGUAUCAUGGCGACGAUCUGGCCUCAGGAAACCACCAUGAAGUUCUAUGGCGUGCAUAUGAUCAAGCGACUGCUAGAGAGCGGCAUGUCGCCAGAAACCCUGACUUGGGGUCAUAUCCUCGGUACAGCAGGUGGUAUGGUGUCCAACCAAGGCCAACUCUUUGCUCAAACGAUCGAAUACUACGUCCUCGGCGACGGCAAGAAACACUGGCCCGAGAUCCAGAAGCUUGCUGAAGACGACAGCGAAGAGGCGUUCGAGAAGCUGAUGCACUACACCAUGGAAGGAGGCCGUCUGAACGGCGAGACAGGCGUCAUCCGCGCCGUUGCCAAACCCACCUCCAUCACUGAGAACGGAAAGACGACAGACCUCAAACCAGGUGAUGCUGUCUUCGUGAAUCUCCGCGUUGCAUCGCACGACCCAGACGUCUUCCCCAACCCAGAAGAAGUCGACAUCACACGCUCCCUGGAUUCCUACAUCCACCUCGGAUAUGGCCCACACCAGUGUCUCGGACUACCGAUGACGCGCAUGGCGCUCACGACUAUGCUCAGGGAAGUCGCUCGACUCAAGAAUCUUCGCCCAGCGCUGGGUCCGCAGGGCAAGAUCCACAAGGUGGAGAAGAAGAUGGGACCGGGCGAGGAGAAAUACUCGUACCAUGCUUACUUGACAGAGAAUCAGGAUAUGUACUUUCCGUUCCCUUGUGGUAAGUCUUUCCUCCUGAUACCUUGA